AUGUCGGCAUCAGGACCAGCGCCAGGGCAAUCCGAAGCCGCCUGGAAACAGCAGAUCACCAACAAGGUCGCCAAGGACGAACGUCCCCAGACCGAAGAUGUGCUCAACACCAAGGGAAACGAGUUCGAAGACUACUUCCUCAAACGCGAACUCCUCAUGGGCAUCUUCGAGGCCGGCUUCGAACGCCCUUCCCCCAUCCAAGAAGAGGCCAUCCCCAUCGCCCUCACCGGCCGCGACAUCCUCGCGCGCGCCAAGAACGGCACCGGCAAGACCGCCGCCUACGUCAUCCCCUCGCUCGAAAAGCUCAACACCAAGAAGAACAAGAUCCAGGCCGUCCUGCUCGUCCCCACGCGUGAGCUCGCGCUGCAAACAAGUCAGGUCGCAAAGACGCUCGGCAAGCACCUCGGCGUCGAGGUCAUGGUCACCACCGGCGGCACCACCCUCCGCGACGACAUCCUCCGCCUCGGACAGACCGUCCACAUGCUCGUCGGCACUCCCGGCCGCAUCCUCGAUCUCGCCGGCAAGGGCGUCGCCGACCUCAGCCAGUGCACCACCUUCGUCAUGGACGAGGCCGACAAGCUCCUCUCGCCCGAGUUCACGCCCGUCAUGGAGCAGCUGCUCAGCUUCCUCCCCAAGGAGAGGCAGGUCAUGCUCUUCUCGGCCACCUUCCCGCUCAUCGUCAAGGACUUCAAGGACCGCAACAUGGUCAAGCCGUACGAGAUCAACCUCAUGGACGAGCUCACGCUGCGCGGCGUCACCCAGUACUACGCCUUUGUCGAGGAGCGCCAGAAGGUGCACUGCCUCAACACGCUCUUCUCCAAACUCCAGAUCAACCAGUCCAUCAUCUUUUGCAACUCGACCAACCGCGUCGAGCUGCUCGCAAAGAAGAUCACCGAGCUCGGCUACAGCUGCUUCUACUCGCACGCAAAGAUGCUCCAGUCGCAUCGAAAUCGCGUCUUCCACGACUUCCGCAACGGCGCAUGCCGCAACCUCGUCUGCUCGGAUCUGCUCACGCGCGGUAUCGACAUCCAGGCGGUCAACGUGGUGAUCAACUUUGACUUCCCCAAGAACGCCGAGACGUACCUCCACCGCAUCGGUCGCUCGGGUCGUUUCGGCCACCUCGGUCUCGCCAUCAACCUCAUCACGUACGAGGACCGCUUCAACCUCUACCGCAUCGAGCAGGAGCUCGGCACCGAGAUCCAGCCCAUCCCGAGCAACAUCGACAAGCGCCUCUACGUCGCCCCUUCGCUCAUCCAGGAGGCCGAGGGCAAGAACCAGAACGGCAACAGGCAGGAGGGCAGGCCCGUCAUCCCGCCAGGCCAGCAGGCCAUGCACGCCGCCGCCAUCCCGCAGAACCAGAACUUCAGCAACACCGUCCCACACAGGCAUCGCGGCGGCCGCGGCGGUGGAGGCGGAGGUGGCGGAGGACGCCAGCACCACGGCCAGGGCAGCGUGCCUGCGCAAUGA